GUGCAAGGCGGAGAGGCCAGCAGGGUUGUGCUCCACCAUAUUGGUGUCGGGAAGCCGCCGGCAACGGUUGAGGCCUCUCCCCUGCCCCUGGCCCCUGCCGCAGCCGCCGCCAGUUGCGCUCACCACUCUGUGCGGUGCGGACUACCACGCUCGCCUCCCGUCCGCCCACACGUCCCUCUCGCACACCCUGUCAUCCCUUCAUUACCAGGUGUGGCCGCGGCAGAUAUGUGGAGUAUGGACCUGAAGGGGGCACAGGAGGCCUUCCUGGCUGUGCUGCAGCAGAUCCCUCAACCCGAGACGAGAAAAGCCUUCCUAGCGUGGGUUGACGACACUUGGAUUAGAGGAGUUGCCCCUACCUUGAUGGUAUGUCCCCCACCAUGUCCACCACCACCAUUGGCACCUGCAUGUACCUCGGAUUACAGUUCAGGAGACACCAAACUACGAAAGAUUGCCGACGACCUCCGUGAAAUCAUGCCACUUAAUGCCAUUUUGCCAACUGAACAGAUCACCUUCCCUUCUGUAGGAGAGAAUGCAGAUUGUGACCCAACUCAUACCCUACAUGUUGAUGCCUUUCUUUAUGAUGAGGACAUGGUCGACGAGUUGUGUGACACUGGAGAGCUGGCACGCAACUAUUGUGUUGAUUGUUCAUCACAUAAUACGCAACCCAUUACAUAUAUCAGUCACUCUGCUUCAAGAGAAAGAUUAGCUUAUAUUUUCCGUGCACUUCUUCCACCUAUUCCCGAAGACACCAUAUUACUUGACAUCGGCUCAAGAUUAGGAGCAGUAUUGUAUGGGGCUUACAUUUACACUAAAUGCCGGAGAAUAGUCGGGGUGGAAAUUAAUCAAGAUUUAUGCCAAGUUCAACAAACAAUCAUCAAUAAAUACCAGUUUCAGGACCGUGUUCAGGUGAUCCCUGGUGACAUUCAGGAGCAAGGAGAAGUAGUGCGGGCUGCGGACAUAAUUUGUCUCAACAAUGUGUUUGAAUUCUUCAUGCCUGCUGGUGUUCAAGCGCGCAUUUGGGCAUUUCUGCGAUCAAAUGCAAAGAAGGGAGCUCUGCUAGUAACCAUACCCUCCUUAGAAGAUUGUCUGCAGUAUAUAGAUUGUGGAUUCCGGUAUCAGGAAUGGGCGCGAGAGGUUCCUCCACAUAACCCAAACAUCACUGCGCCCUUCGAUUUCCAGAGUGAAACAUCUGAAGUCAAGCUUUAUCAAGUCAUUUAAGGAUUUUGUGUCUUAUAUAGUACUGAUAUCAAAACUGUUGCAAUAAUUUUGAAAGUGAUGAAUAUUUGGCUUGCAUUAAGUGUUCAAAUGUGAAUGAAGAAUCUGUUUGGUUAUAAAAAGAAAUAGUCCGGUCAACAUGGCUUGGUAUUACUGUACAAUGAAGAAUAUUAUGCAGAUGAAUGGAGUGUGAAUGAAGAACAGUCUUGUUGCAGUUUUAGGGAUUGAGCUGCAUUUAAAUAAAAAUAAUCUGACUGUAUCCCUCUUGCCAAAGACUUGAACAUUUUUUAGAUGUUCAUUGUUAUGUAAUGUCAUCGAAUUGUUGAAGACUUAUUCUUGAUGUGUACUGUUUUAAGUACACAGCUCCUAUGUAUAUAGUAUGACAAAAAAAAGUGUGCCAUUGCCUUUGUCUGCCUUAUAAUGUCAAGGUGUUUCUCAUUUUCUCUGUAGAAAACUAUGGUAGACGUACAUAGAUGUGGAGAGUAUUCACGUGUUCGGUUUGUUAUAUAGGGUGAUGUCUUUGCACAGUAAAACUUCAAAAUAAAAAGUUUAUUUUUAUAUGAAUUUUUAUAUUAUGCUGUUAAUGUCAGUAACUUUGUGUAUUCUAUCCAUAUGUUUGAUGCCUUGUUUUAACUGGGAUUCAGGGGUGACCGUAGAGGUAAUCUUCCCCAAAACGUUUGUCACUUGCCAUCCUCACAUAGUUUAAAUUACUAAAACAACUAGAAAUAUUUAAUGAAAACAUUAGUCAAUAUUAGUAUGAAAUUGAAACACAUGUUGCUGGUAAUAAUGGAAGAAAUAUGAAGAACGAAGUUGCAUCACUUAAUUAUACUCAAACAGGAGAGGGAGAAAGGGAAGGUGUAGAAAAAGCAAUAAAUGAACAUUGGAAAUUAUCGUUCAAUGAGAAGACAAUGCCAAGCUUUAGAACGUUUAGUAAACCAACAAGUGUUGCUGCCAUAAAAAUUUGGCCACAGAAAAUGGGCCAUUGUAGGAAAAAAAGGGUACUUAAUUUAUUUUCUUCUGUGGGGGAACUUUUAAGUGACUGCCGGCUGCCACCUGAAAUAUCCACAUUGAUUCUUUUCUGAAAGAAUGUUCAUAUUUUUUAAUUUCUGUACUCUUUGGAACACUAAGAACUCUAAUAAUUGUUAGUUUGUUAUUGGGGUGCUUAUAUAUUCAGAAACUGAAAUUUAAUUAAUUUUGUAUUACCAGACAAAGAAAAUAACUGAUUUCAAAAUUCUCUUUAUUCAGCAACCAAUAAAUGUGUAAAAUCUUGACUGGAAAUGAUUAAACAAGAAUGUCUUACAUAUCUCAGGGUACUGGUAUGAAAUAUAUUUUUAUUUUAUCUUUUCUUUUUUUCAAGAGUAUCGCAAACAUGAAAUCACUGUUAUUUGCCCAUGUACUCUACCCAUUUGCCAAGUCAGGAUACGUGGAGCACGUUGACCGUGUGUAUGACCUGGAGCGUGGGCACUGUACAUGACGAGUGGGUGAUUCUCUGUUUUAUACACGAGGGAGGGGGGGUGGGGGUGGGGGGGGGAUGAUUUAGUGAACCUGACCAUUUUGGUUGCAACCAACAAGUGUGGUGUUGUGGCAGUUGCUUUGGCUUCCAUAUGUUUUAUGUGCCUUGACUUCGGUGGGGGAUGUGACACAACCAAAACCUGCAUAUUUUAUAUUGAAUGUUUGCCUGUACAUGUGACAAAAUCUUACUUUAUUGAUUUCUAUAAUUAUAAGGGGAUGAAUAAAAAAAUAUACAUA